AAAAAAACUAGCCACACGAACGAUCCAUGAACCCCAAUCUCAUCCACCUCCGGCGCCGCCACGCCCUGCAACGCCGCCGCGCGCCGCCGGACUCCGCCGGAACUCGACCCGCCGUCGCGCCGCCGCUCAGCCCAGCUUCUGGAUCGGGUCAACGCGGUGGCUCGAGCGGCUGGGGGCGGCGCGGUGGCUCGAGCGAAGGCGGCGGCUGGAGAUUGCAAGGGCCGGAUUCAUGAGCGGCAGGGGCUGGGGAGGCAUAUCCGGAGGCGGGCGGCGAGGCGGGGGUCGCCGGUGACGACGACGAAGGCCGGAUCGUGGAUUCCCGGGCGAAAGGAGACAGGGAGGUGAGGGGAAGGAGAAGGAAGAAAGGAGGGACGGUGCGGCGACCUAGGCAGGAGCUCGCCGGAGCCGGGCGACGACGGACGACCGCGGGAGACAGGGGGAUCCGACGCCGUUGCUACUGCCUCCCUGGUAUUCCUCCUCUCACAUCUCCCGCCUUGACGUCAUCUGUUGCGCCGCCCAGGCCUCGACUCCACAUCACCGGCAUCUCCAACUCAGUACUCCUGCCACUGCACCCAGCGGCUCGUCGCCAUGACCGGAUCCGGCAAGGUUCCUCCAAUACCCACCCUCUCCCUCAUGCCACACAUGCUAUUUUACUUGGAAAAGCCAUUGCUCACGUUUUGGAUUUUGGCACUGCUCUGUUGUCGUGCUUCGCUUCAGUUCUUUGUUGGAGGAACUUUAAUUGUUUUGUUUCGAUUCUUCUUCGAUCUUAGCUCUCAGGUCUCAAUAUAUGCAUUACAAUAUGUUUGUUGUCUGUAGGGAUGGAGUGAAGAAAUUGGAUUGGGGUCAUGGAAUAAAUCAUACGAGGAUGCAACUCAUGUUCUUGUAGGCAGUCAUUCAGAUUUCUUAACUCUGUAGCAAAAUCAGCUGCCACAGUUCUGUGCUGCCGGCCAUAGAAACCUUUCAUGUAUCCCCUCUUGUCGCUUCUCUGCAGCGGCAUCUCAGUGCCAUGGUGGCGGCGCUCCUGCCCCAACGACCGUAACUGCUCCUCACGAUCUGUUGUGUCUCGGCAGUCCCAGCCACUCCUCCCUAGCGAACUUGUGCUCUUCCUUUGGCUUGCCUUCCAGAGGAUCUGCACCGCUUCAGUUAUAAUCAGCAGGGGCCUGACGUCCAACCUCGGCCUUCAUGUUGGUUAUUGUAGCCUUUAUGUAUACCUCUGUCAGAUCGCUCACUAUUUUGAUAGGAAUCCGCUGCCCGGUGAUGGUUUGUUCCUUCCUGACGGAUUGUCGCACACGUUUACAUGAUUCGGGUGCGCACAUAGGCAAGCAAGGCCGCCGUGGUUCAGGCAUCUGUUAGUUAUCGAAAAAAUCUAACCACCGCAGGAGAGGAGGAGCUGCAGAUUCAUAGUGUACGUGAUGUCCCUACCAGAUUGCUACAACAUUCAUGCAGAUUCUGAUAUGCUGAAAAGUUUGCCAAAGUUGAGUCGCCGGGAACUUAAAGUAGCGCGUGAGGAUUUUAGCACCAUAAUUGGCUCAACUCCGGAGAUUGUAGUCUACAAAGGAACAAUGAAGGAUGGACCUGAGGUUUUUGUCAUAUCAUUAUGUGCCUUUGAAGGUUAUGAUCUGGCAAGGUUGAGUCAUGAGAACAUAGCAAAGUUUCUGGGCUAUUGCAGAGAGAGUGACCCAUUCUCGAGGAUGUUACUCUUUGAGUACGCAUCAAAUGGGACCCUGUACGAGCACCUACACCAUGGAGAAGAGGCCCAAUUCUCUUUGCUCAAACGAAUGAAAAUAGCCAUCAGCAUCGCCCAAGGUUUAAGGUAUCUGCACACCGAGUCGCAGCCGCCUUUCGCUAUAUCAGAGCUGAACUCCAAUUCAGUAUACGUUAUAGAAGAUUCUACCCCCAAGGCUGACGACGUCGUCUACUGAAGCCCCACCAGCGACGCGACGGGAGAGCUCCGGCCUGUACGUGGGUGUGGGAAGACAAAUCCGCAUCGCCAGCCUACACAAGGCCAUGUCAACGCCUCGACGCAGGGUUCAUCAUCCGUCUUCGUCGGCUUUCAGGUUCUAAAUGAGAAGGUAAGGAUGUACUUGAGCUGCAUGAGAAGACCCAGUUCCAUUAUCUCAGAAGCCAGAAGUUUCCCAUUUAAUAUCUUUGGUUCUAAAAUUUGUUUAAGAAAAUGGCCAUUUUGCUAUUAGCACCACGAUUAUGUGUCAAUUGUAGAUUCUUAAUUGUUUAGAAUUAUUUUAUAUGUUUGAUUCCUUCGGUUCAUAUUUAUUCAACAACAAAAUAUUUUCAAGAUUGGUCCGUUUGAGGAUCAAACUUCGAACAUGUGAAUUGAUGUGGCAUCAAGCUAAGUCCGUUGAUACAUUGCUAUCCUUUUUUGCUUUGCACAAUUAAUCUUGUCACUAGAGAUGUAUGUAAAUCCUCUAGCUUUGCUUAUUUUAUCUUUUUAUUUCAGCUUAU